UUCUGUUACCAGCAGUCUCCGUAUAUCAUUCUAUUCGAUGAAAUUUUCGUUUGAUUUGAUGGCGCAUAAAUUAACUGUUGCACUCACUCGUGACCUCGUUUGUCUUUUUUUGUUAUACGUUUAGUAUUUGGAAAAGAGAUUCGAUAAGAGAAUGCGGCUGUUUGGUUCAGUACUUUAUACACUACACACGAUCACCUUUCUGCCAGUUGUGAUUUACGUACCGGCAUUAGCCUUUAAUCAAGUAUCAGGCAUAAACAUUUACAUUGUUACACCAUUUGUAUGUGCCACAUGCAUAUUCUACACGUUGGUGGGAGGCAUUAAAGCCGUCAUUUGGACAGAUUGCAUUCAAACAUUUGUGAUGAUCGGAACGAUGUUGGCAAUAAUUGGCAAGGGCACUGUUGAUGCCAAUGGUUUCGGUAAUAUUUGGGAUACGAAUUGGGCAGGUGGAAGGCUUGUGUUUCCCGAACUUACACUGGAUCCUAAAGUACGGCAUUCUACAUUGGCAUUGCUAGUCGGUGGAACGACCUACUUUACGUACAUUUUCACAUUGAAUCAGGGUAUGGUUCAACGAUACGUAUCUUUACCAACGGUUCGAAAGGCUAGAUAUGCGCUGAGCAUAUACAUAUUCACUUCAAUAUUACUAGUUGCGAUAUGCUGCUAUGCUGGACUGAUCGUUUUUACUUUAUAUUCGCAGUGUGAUCCGUUGAAGACGAAGCUAAUCAGUGCACCCGAUCAACUGUUACCACUGUUGGUUAUGAAUUCCUUGGGCGAAUAUCCUGGUACUGCCGGACUAUUCAUUGCUGGAAUUUUUUCUGCAGCGUUAAGCUCGUUAUCGACUUGCCUCAAUGCCAUGGCAGCCGUGGUUUUAGAAGACUUCUACAAACCAUUUGUUCGAAAGCCGUUGACCGAAAGACAAACCAGCUUUUUGAUGAAAGGAGUGGUUUUCCUUGUAGGAAUUGUAUCGACGGCAUUGGUAUUUGUUGUCGCGAAAUUGGGUACUGUAUUACAGUUGCAAAUGAGCAUCGUAGGUGUUACGGCUGGUCCAGUUUAUGGCGUAUUUACAAUGGGAAUGUUGAUGCCUUGGGUGAAACGAAAGGGAGCCUUUUACGGUGGUGUGUCUGGCUUGAUUGGAAUGACUUGGAUAUUGUACAAGGCACAGAGUGAUUUAGCUUCUGGUGAAUUUACGUUUCCCAAGAAACCGGUUUACACUGACAACUGCAGUUAUAGCUUUGAGUUUACCGCAUAUUCGAACCAAACUCGGAUCGAAAAUGCAGAUGAUGAUUUCUUCAAAAUUCAACAUGUCUCGUACCUAUUUUACACGAUCAUUGGGGCUGUUAUCACAAUUGUGACCAGCACAAUAGUGAGUCUAAUUUUAGACGAUGGACACGAAUCGGAUCCCAUGCUUUUUAGCCCGGUCAUUAGAAAAUUUAUUGCGAUACCGCAUCAUGCGUCAAUUGUUGGACAAGAUGGAAAUGAAAUGGAUUGCACUGUACAUACAUUUGUAAUGCAAGAUAACAAAGUACAAUAAAGUUGGUGAUAGACAUUUAGC